GAGACAGUGCGUGACUGUAAAAGACACCAAGGUAUCAAUUUGAUACCAUGUAUAAAGGUAAAAUAAAGUGUCGUAGUUCGUUCUGUCGGCGGUGUGUAGUCUUACUGUCUGCUAUCUGGUGUGUACAGCUUUCAACACCUUGGGAACUUUUCUAUGAAGGCCCAACUUGAUGAUGCAAAACCUUGUAGUGUACGUCAUCGACUUUAGGGGGGAACAACAUUGUGUUUUAAUGUCCAGAUACAUUUUUUAAUCAUACUACUUCAGAGUAGGCAGAAGAGAGGAGGGCCUGGUCGGUCCGUAGCUAUUAGCUCCCCCUCAAUGUGGAAUGCUGAUCUGGGCCAACCGUUCAGACUGACUUGGAACGGUGACCAUAACCUUGUAGCAGUUGGCAUAUUGCUGCAACUUCUCGCGACAUUAAAAGUUUUAAGACUAUUUACUCGCCGCCACCAGUUGAUAGUUGUGUCGCGAGAGGACAGCCAUUGAGUCGCCGAGCACUUGUUUUUUGCUGAGGAUUUUUCUGCAGCUGCCACAAUCACCACUUCUAGCUAACGCUAGGUCAUGAGCGACGAAGAGCAGGCCAAACUGUUGGAGUGUGCGGGUCCCAUAUCCCCGUUGCCCGGGAAGAAACCCCCGCGAAUGCCGAAGUGCUCCCGGUGUAGAAACCACGGUUACGUCUCGCCUCUGAAGGGACACAAACGCUUCUGUAACUGGAGAGACUGCCAAUGUCAGAAAUGCAAACUGAUCGCAGAGCGGCAGAGAGUCAUGGCCGCCCAGGUGGCACUGCGUCGACAACAGGCCCAGGAGGAAGAGAUGGGGAUCUGUAGCCCAGUUCCUCUGACGGGUCAUGACGUGGUAGUGAAGAACGAGCCAGCUGGACAUUGUCUAUUCUCAGGAGCACCACCAUCACCUCCACCUGGGGACACCUCCAUUGGCACCUCCUCCUCCAAUACAGGAAGUCAUGGUGGCCCAUCAUCCAGCCCCACCACGUCCAGUAGAGGGCAGUCUAAUGAGGGAUCUACUGACCUCCUAGUGGAUGCCUCCUAUUAUAACUUCUACCAGCCAUCCCGCUAUCCUGCAGCCUACUACAGCAACCUGUACAACUACCAGCAAUACCAGCAGAUGCCCAGCGGUGAUGGGCGUCUAUCCAGCCACAACAUGUCUCCUCCAUACCGGAUGCAUUCCUACUACUCUGCUGCGUCUUACCUGGGCCAGGGGCUGGGGACCGCGGUAGCUGGUGUUCCUCCCAUCUUCACUCUGGAGGACAGCAAUACCUGCAACGAGACCAAACAGGCCACCUUCUCCCCUGGUACUGGUCACAGCAGUCUGUCCUGUCUGUCCCUGGUGAACAUCGUAGAGGGGAAGACAGGGUGUGAUGACCAGGGCUUCACCGUCAACUCCAUUCUGGACGGAAACAGCAAGUAAGGAGGAGGAGACAACAAUCAAGAAGAGAAAGAGAGUGAAAGAGAUUGCAAGGAGUGGAGACAGAAGUGAUGGUCUGGGUCCUUAUGAGACAGAAGUGAUGGUCUGGGUCCUUAUGAGACAGAAGUGAUGGUCUGGGUCCUUAUGAGACAGAAGUGAUCGUCUGGGUCCUUAUGAGACAGAAGUGAUGGUCUGGGUCCUUAUGAGACAGAAGUGAUGGUCUGGGUCCUUAUGAGACAGAAGGUAGAUGGUUCAGAUAGUCUAACUAUACACUUAACAGUUACUUUCACAAUUAUUGUUGAAAUGUUGUCUUUUUUGUCUGUUAAAUGUUCUUCCAAUAUUGUCAUUAUGGAACUGUUUGAAGUGUUAUAUUUUCUGUCAUAUUUAGGUUCUGACCUGUAUCUUUAUUAAAAACAUGUAGAAACAAACAUAUAAACAAAAAUAUGCUUUAAAGGAUAUGGUUAGGUUGUGAUAUCUAGAAAGAUAAGAUUGUAUUGGCUAUAUACCAAUUGGUUAAAUUUGCAUUAACAUUUUUCUUGGGAGAGACAUUAUGCCAAGGGGGAGAUGGACAACACAGGUCCAAAUCAUGUUUCCACCCAGGCUGUGAUGUCACACAGGGUAACAUAACCACGCAUAAUUUACCCUGCUGUGAUUGGGACGUUCAUAAUGCGAUAACUGUCUGUUUGGCGUGUUCGUAUUGUGGUAACCCUCUGAUUGUCCCCAAAGCUGCGUCCUUCCCUCUAAACUUAUCUUACGUGUGAGGAGGAUUGGGAAUUUUUAAUUACUAAUUGGAUUUAACUCUAGUUUUCCACAUUUUAAUUGUUAGAAAGGCAAUCUGAGUUUCAUUAUGUUUUUAAUAGGAAACACAAAUAUAUAAAUUAUAUCCAAAUUCUAUUUUUUAAACAGGGUAUCAGAAUUUAUACUUCUCACUUCAUCUUACCAGCCAGACCUUUUUUUAAAUAUCAACUAGCGUACAAUCUUAAAUACGUUUCUGUUUUGGCUUUACAUCUUUAACUCUGCAAGUCAGCUUCUAGUUCUAUUGAUUAUGAUUAACUGUGUUUAAAGUGCUGUUGAAAAUAUAACGUGAGUAAACCUACGAUUGUUGAGUUGUCUACGCCUUCAGUCUGAGAGGGCAAUCCAUACUUUUUAUUCUUAAUGUUUCUCAAUAGGCUUUGUACGUUAAUGGUCAGAUGAGAUGAUGUGUUCCUAUCAACACAAUAUGCAUCCAGUUUCUCUGAUGAAAAGUUUUACUUUUGACGGACUGACAGAUGAAGUAUGUUCGCCAAUUAGAAGAGAGGAUGAAGAACUGCCUACCCAAAUUAAUCUGUUCUUAUUGUUGGUUCUGCACUGUUCAACAGGCCUUCAGCCAUUCUCCAGUGAAUUGGUUAGUGGGCUUCAUGAAGAUUAAUUUAGAAAUAUGAGUUACAAAAGUGUUUAUUUGUGGUUAUGUUUUAAUAAAACAACAACAAAUGUAAUUUGAAAUCUUGGAGGUUGAUGUAGCUACAAGUUGUAAAGAAAUAAAACGGUUAUUGAUGACA